UUUAGAAGUCCUUUCACUGUGUAACCGUGGUGUUUAUCUCCAUCAUCGAAGAAUAUCCAGUCGUCAUGAAAACCGCUCACAUCCUCCUGCUCUGCAUCCUGGGAGCUGCACUGUUAUCUCCAGUGCUCUGCAACAAUGCCCUUGGUCGUGACAACUGCUGCUUCGCUUACUACACAAGAAGAAUACGAAAGGACUUGAUCAAAUCAUAUUACAUGACUGAUAAUCGCUGCCCCAUACCUGCAGCCAUUUUGGUGACAACAAGGUCUCGUCACAUCUGUGUGGAUCCGAGUGAAUCCUGGGUUGUGAGCAUCAUGAGACACCUGGACCCCUCGUUCAGUCCGUUCAUAAUGGUCGGGCCGUACCCGACGACGACG